CCUCAGGCUCAAGCAAUAUCAGAGGGAGAGAGAGAGAGAGAGAGAGAGAGAGAGAGAGAGAAAUGGUCUCCUUCUGACAAUUGUCACAACUUGAGAGCCCCCCUCUUGACCCUCCUACUCUUCACAUUUUGUACUCUUCUUCUUGUGCUCUUUAUCCUCCUGCUCCUGCUCCUGCUCCUGCCUUGUAUAAGUAACUGACGCAACCUUGGAGUCUCUUUGUUCCAUAUAUAAAUAUAUAAAUAUAUAUAUAUUUUCAGCCUGUGCACUUCCAUAAACGCACAACUCAAAGUUGAAACCUGCAGCAGCAAAUCAUCACCAAAGGACGGCGAAGACAAUGAUAGAAUCAAACCCACCUCUCCUACACCAUUAUGGAACACUUGUGCGCAAUCCAUCCAAUCUUGUUCAAGUUGAUCAGCAACGCCACAUUGGAGGGCUGGUCCCAGCUGAAGAAUGCCAGCUUCCAUUGAUAGAUCUUCAUGGUUUGAAAAGCCCUGACACAAGGGAGAGCUUAGAAUGCUCUCGAGCCAUCUGCCGAGCGUCGUCGGAGUGGGGUUUCUUCCAAGUUCUGAACCACGGCAUCAGCCCUGAGCUGCUGCAGAGUAUGAGGAGAGAGCAGCUCAAGCUGUUUGCUGCACCGUUUGAGAGAAAAGCUACUUGUGGGCUUCUCAACAAUUCAUACAGGUGGGGGACUCCAACCGCAACGCGGCCAACUCAAUACUCCUGGUCUGAAGCUUUUCACAUUCCUGUCACCAAAAUCUCAGAAGAAGCUUGCUAUGGGGAGGACUUUGGUUCUCUCAGGGGAGUGAUGGAGGAAUUUGCAGCAGCCAUGUCAAACCUGGCAAAGUUGCUUGCUGGGAUUCUAGCGAACAAUCUGGGACACCGAAAGGAAUCGUUAGAAGACAUUUGUGACUCGAGCACUUGCUUUCUUCGAUUGAAUCGCUACCCGGCUUGUCCAAUGUCCCCAGAGAUGUUUGGCUUGGUGCCUCACACUGACAGUGAUUUCCUCACAAUUCUUUGCCAAGACCAAGUAGGAGGACUACAGCUCAUGAAAGAUUCCAAAUGGGUUGCUGUGAAACCCAAUCCAGAAGCACUUAUUGUUAACAUUGGAGAUCUUUUUCAGGCGUGGAGCAAUGAUGUGUACAAAAGUGUGGAGCACAAGGUGAUGGCAAACGAGAAGAUGGAACGCUACUCAAUAGCCUACUUCAUGUGCCCUUCCUAUGAUUCUUUAAUUGGGAGUUGCAGCAGCGGCAGCACAUCUCCGGAAUCUUCUUCCGUCUAUAGAAAGUUCACAUUUCGAGAAUACAGGAACCAAAUUCAACAGGAUGUUCAGAAACUUGGCCACAAAGUUGGCCUCUCAAGAUUUCUUCUUCAAUAAGCUUCCUUUACCUUGCAUUCCUCCAAAUCCUAAAAGGCAGCAAACCAAAUAGUCAAUAGUCGACGGUCAACAGUCAACAGUCAACACCUGCUGUCUUGUCUAGAAGAAUCCCACCCCGCCCCACACAUUUCGUAGUACUUCAACCAUAAAAUUAUAUUUAUAUUAGUCACCAUUUGUAAUAUUCACUUCAACAAGUAAGCUCAGGGGAAGGGAGGGAUAGGAUAUCUUACCACAAUACAAUACCAUCCUACAGAGAUUACAAUUAUGUUACUGCUCCACUUGGAGAUUAAUACAUAAAUAUAUAUAUUUUUUAUUUUUCC